GCCGGUCGCCCGCAGCCCUGGAACCCGGCGUCCGGCUCUCCCCAGCCAGGCCUCCGCGACGCGGACCCGCGAUGGCCAAGCGCAGCUCGCUGUCCAUCCGCAUCGUAGAGGGGAAGAACCUGCCCGCCAAGGACAUCACCGGCAGCAGCGACCCCUACUGCAUCGUGAAGGUGAACAAUGAGCCCAUCAUCAGGACAGCCACUGUGUGGAAGACCCUGUGCCCGUUCUGGGGCGAGGAGUAUCAAGUGCACCUGCCCCCCACGUUCCACGCUGUGGCCUUCUACGUCAUGGAUGAGGAUGCUCUCAGCCGGGACGACGUUAUCGGCAAAGUCUGCCUCACAAGAGACAUCCUGGCCUCUCACCCCAAGGGAUUCUGCGGUUGGGCCCACCUGAUGGAAGUAGACCCCAAUGAGGAGGUGCAGGGCGAGAUCCAUCUGAGGCUGGAGGUUGUGCGGGGGACCCGAGGCUGCCACCUGCGCUGUUCUGUGCUGGAGGCCAGGGACCUAGCCCCGAAGGACCGAAAUGGUGCAUCUGACCCCUUUGUCCGAGUGCGCUACAAGGGCCGGACACAGGAGACCUCGGUAGUGAAGAAAUCCUGCUACCCACGCUGGAACGAGACAUUUGAAUUUGAGUUGGAGGACGGGGCCACAGAGGCACUGUGCGUGGAAGCCUGGGACUGGGACCUUGUCAGCCGGAAUGACUUUCUAGGCAAAGUGGUGGUCAAUAUGCAGAAGCUUUGUGCAGCCCAGCAGGAAGAGGGCUGGUUCCGGCUGCAGCCUAACCAGUCCAAGAGCCGGCGGCGGCAGGGAGAGGGCAACCUGGGCUCCUUGCAGCUGGAGGUGCGGCUAAGGGACGAGACAGUGCUGCCAUCUGGCUGCUACCAGCCCCUGGUGCAGCUGCUGUGCCGAGAAGUGAAGCUGGGUACCCAGGAUCCAAAUCAUCAGCUGAUCCAAAUCAUCGAGGAGACCACAAGCACCGAGUGCCGUCAGGAGGUGGCCAACAACCUGCUCAAGCUCUUCCUGGGGCAGGGGCUGGCUAAGGACUUUCUGGACUUGCUUUUUCAGCUGGAGCUGAGUCGUACCAGUGAGGCCAACACCCUGUUCCGAAGCAACUCUCUGGCCUCAAAGUCCAUGGAGUCUUUCCUGAAGGUGGCGGGGAUGCGGUAUUUGCACGGCAUCCUGGGUCCCAUCGUCGAGAGGGUGUUCGAAGAGAAGAAGUACGUGGAGCUGGACCCCAGCAAAGUGGAAGUGAAGGAUGUAGGGUGCUCCGGGUUGCACCGCCCGCAGACCGAGGCCGACGUGCUGGAGCAGAGUGCGCAGACACUGCGCGCCCACCUGGGGGCGCUGCUGAGCGCCCUGUGCCGCUCAGUUCGCGCUUGCCCGGCGGUGGUCCGCGCCACCUUCCGCCAGCUGUUCCGGCGCGUGCGCGAGCGCUUCCCCAGCGCCCAGCACGAGAACGUGCCAUUCAUCGCUGUCACCAGUUUCCUCUGCCUGCGCUUCUUCUCUCCCGCCAUCAUGUCGCCCAAGCUCUUCCACCUGCGGGAGCGACAUGCAGAUGCCCGCACCAGCCGCACCCUGCUCCUGCUGGCCAAGGCUGUCCAGAACGUGGGCAACAUGGAUACGCCGGUUUCCAGGGCCAAAGAGACUUGGAUGGAGCCUCUACAGCCCACCGUGCGCCAGGGCGUGGCACAGUUGAAAGACUUUAUCACUAAACUCGUGGACAUCGAGGAGAAGGAGGAGCUGGACCUGCAGCGGACACUGAGUUUGCAGGCACCGCCGGUGAAGGAGGGACCGCUGUUCAUCCACAGGACCAAGGGCAAGGGUCCCCUCACAUCCUCCUCCUUCAAGAAGCUCCACUUCUUCCUCACCACCGAGGCCCUCAGCUUCGCCAAGACGCCCAGCUCCAAGAAAAGCACCCUCAUGAAGCUCGCUAACAUCCGGGCCGCAGAGAAGGUGGAGGAGAAGAGCUUCGGCAGCUCGCACGUCAUGCAGGUCAUAUACACGGAUGACGCCGGCCGGCCCCAGACCGCCUACCUGCAGUGCAAGUGUGUGAAUGACCUGAACCAAUGGCUGUCUGCCCUUCGCAAAGUGAGCAUCAACAACGCUGGCCUGCUGGGCUCCUACCACCCUGGCGUCUUCAGCGGGAACAAGUGGAGCUGCUGUCACCAGAGGGAUAAGACAGAUGGGGGCUGUGAUAAGACGCGGUCUCGGGUCACCCUGCAGGAGUGGAAUGACCCUCUCGACCAUGACCUUGAGGCUCAGCUCAUCUAUCGGCACCUGCUGGGCGUGGAGGCCACGCUGCGGGAGAAGUACAGUGAGGUGAGCAGGAACACGGAGGAGGCAGGCCCUGUGCCCUUGGGCCCUGGUGAAGCACCCGAGGACCCCCUGGCCCAGCUGUUCCUCGUGUUGAAGGACCUGCAGGAGGCCCACAGCUCCAGCCCAGCUGGCCCGCCACCCUCAGAGUCCUGCCACCUCCUACAGCUGCAGACGUGAGGUCUGCACCCAGACCCCUGCCAGUGGCUCAGCGACACCCUGUGCAUUCUGGGUCCUGGCCCUGUGACCAUCAGAGGGGGGCAGGCCUAGAGCUCUCCUGGACAGGGUUUUGGCCCAUCCUCACCCAUCUGACAUCUGUGGAGGGCUUAGGUGGCACCCAUUUUUCUGGCUGCUCUCUGUGGUCCCCACAACCCAGAGUUUCCACCUAGGCCAGACCUAGCCAUGUUCACCCCUAGGAAGGUCGGGACUCAGGAGACCAGACUUCCAUCUCUCUCCCCUUCACUCCUGGCCUGUACCCUGUCGCUUCCCUCAAACCACUGCCUGGCCCCCCUGGGAAGUAUACGGUGCUCUAUCACUGACAAUAAACCUGCUGUGACUGCCAAGGCUCUGGGGUCUUGGGAUGGGGGCCCAGGGAGAGAGAAAGAGCCCAAGAGACCCCAGUGGCUGCUGGGGGGUGUGGCCAAGGACUGGGGCCACUAGCAUAACUUCUGUAUAUCUCCACACAACCCUCCCCCCAUCUGGAGCCAGGAACCAUUUGUCAUCCCAGCUGCUAGGCCCCACUCAAGUCCCACCCUGUCCCAACAGACUGCACAGCAGGGCUGGGUCACAGUGUCCCUUUCCUUCUUCAUGCACACGAGUUGGCCCCACCCUGGGCUGAGACUGUGGGCUGGCAGGGUGGGGAGAAGGCCCUGCCCUCCCAGAGCCCACCUGGCCCUGCCCUGGCCACCUCCUUCACUCUCAGUCCCCAGAUCUCAAAGGUCCACAUUUACCCUAGCCAGUUCCUGGUCCGUGGGGUUUGUCUGAUACCAACUUCUCCUCUGCCCCAAUCUGGUCCUACUCACCCCAGCUUGAAUCUGGUCCAGUUGCCUUAUCCUGGGGGCUGAAGGCCCACAAGACAGAGCAUUGGCCUUUUGGAAGCUGACCUGUCAUUCCUCACUCAGUCCCUUUGAGGCUAUACCAGUUUCCUGUCCCAAAGCCACCCACUAAGCUGUGCCCCCACUCUAGAGGAGUGUAUCAGUGAUGACUGCCCACUGAUCACAGCUGGCUGGGUUGGUCCUGGGAUGGCUGAAGGAACAGGUGACAGGGGGAAGGGGAGUCUCGUCAGCUCCUGGCUCUGCCUCACAGUGCCCAGGCCACACCUUGUGCUGCACCUGUGGCUGACCUGCUUCUGGCAGCCAGUGGACAGUGGGCAGGACCUCCGAGUCUCUGAGGACAAAGAAGCCCCCAAGUCCUCCAGACAAGACUUAGCCUACCUCCUUUUUCUGGG